AUGCAGCAGCAGCAGCAGCAGCAGCAGCAAGAAGCAGCAGCCCUGGAGGCAGCAGACAAGGCCUGGCAGUUUGCUGCUGCUCACAAAACGGAAGGCAGCAGCCUUAGCUGCGCCUGGGACCUCUGGAAGCUCGCAGCGCCAAAACUAGCAGCAGAACUGGAGCAGCUGCUGCGGGGGGUGCAGCAAGUGCAGCAGCAAAUUCAAGAGGCCCAGAGAAACAUCUCGUGGGCCCUCGGGGGGCCCCCCGACCCUUUGCUGCUGCCCUCGAAGCAGGGGUACUCCCCCUUGUCUGCUGCUGCUGCUGCUGCUGCCACUUUGGCGCUGCCGUCGACAGCAGCAGCAGCGGCGAGCCCCGCAGCAGCAGCAGCAGCAGGGUCCUCAGCAGCAGCAGCAGCAGCAGCAGCAGACUCUCCGCUGCUGAGCGCCAGCGAAGUUGCUGCAUGCAUGCUGGCCGGCGAACAGGAGGCCCCUGCUGCUUGUCUUUUGUCUUUAAUGGAUUUAUUGUCAAGACAAGUUGGAGACACAAGUGCUGCAGCACAAGCAGCAAAAGUGCUGAAGAAGCUGAACUCCUGGGGCCCCGAGGGGCCCCCGGGGGCCCUCUCUGCAUGCAGCAGCGAGAGCAGCAGCCAGCUGCUGGGAGCAGCAGCAGCAGCAGCAGCAGCGGCGGACUGGGGCGGCUCGUUGCCGCUGCUGGACCCUUCCGGGGCCGCGCAGCAGCAGCUGCAGCAGCAGCAGCAGCAGCAGCAGCAGCAGCAAGUGCUGGACGCGGAGUCCUGCGCGCUGCUGCCGCUGCAUGCAGAGGAAGCCCCGCUGCCGCGGAAAAGGUCGAAGCUGUCGGGCUACGCGUCUGCUGCUGCGGGUGGAGGCUGUGCUGCUGCGCAGGGGCCAGCAGCAGCAGCAGCAGCAGCAGCAGCAGCAGCAGCAGCAGCACACGGGCCAGCAGCAGCAGCAGCAGCAGCAGCAGCAGCAGCAGCAGCAGCACACGUGAACACCGCCCCCAUGCCCGGAGUCCGCUUCGCCAAAGACCGCAACAGCUGGGUGGCCUUCUGGUGCGAAAAUGGAAGACAGAAUUAUAAGUCCUUCAGCAACAAAAAGUUCGGAGCAGAAGCAGCAAGACUGAUGGCGAUAGCAGCAAGACAGUCCUUCGACGAGCGGACCCACAGAAACAGCAGCAGCAGCAGCAGCAGCAGCAGCAGCAGCAGCAGCAGCGCGGGGGGCCCCGCCCUCGCCGCGGGGGCCCCCGCGCUCGCCGCCGCGGGGCUCACCGCCGCGGAGGCCUGCCGCCUGAUGGGCCUGAAGCCGCCCAGCAGCAGCAGCAGCAGCAGCAGCAGCAGCAGCAGCAGCAGCAGCAGCGCCGCUCUGGCUCUCAGCGGCGGCGCAUGCAUGAAGAGGAAACGAGCUGCAGCAAAGGACUUGGGGCUGCCGCUGCUGCAGGCCGACAGCAGCAGCAACUCGAAAACGGAGGCCGCAGAAGCUGACGCACUGCGCGACGCAAAGCUGCUGCCUGCAGCAGCAGCAGCAGCAGCAGCAGCAGCAACUGCUGCUGCGGCCCCCACUGUCGCCGCCGCCUUCUUCGCAGGGCCCCCUGCUGCCGCUGCCGAAGCAGCAGCAGCAGCAGCUGCUGCUGCUGCUGCAGCGGAGAAGAAGGCAGAGGGCGGCGCGAACGGCGCGCAGGCGGGCUGCAGCAAGGAGGCCGAGCAGCAGCAGCAGCAGCAGCAGCAGCAGCAGAAAGCGGUGCUGCUGAGCAGCAGCAGCCAAGGAAUGGAAGUAGAAGCAGCAAACGGCGUUCUUCCCGCUGCUGCGGGGCUGCAUGCAGAGAGCAGCGCGGGAAGGGGGAGGGGGAGGGAGCUGGGGUGUACAGACACCCCGUGA